GAUGCUUCGCACUUGGUUUGCUUUACUCGCGGUUUUGGAAAUAAUCUUUGUCAGUGGAAGCAUGUUGAAAGUACCGCUUUAUGUCAGGAAAAAGUUUAAUGGAAGUGAGCGGUUCUUUGCCAGAAAUUUAACUAAAGAAAUUGAGACACUAAACCUGGCGCUGCAGACCCACCAAAACCUAGAAUAUUAUGGGACGAUUUCCAUGGGAACCCCAAGGCAAAAUUUUAGUGUGAUCUUCGACACGGGGUCCUCGAAUACUUGGUUGCCGUCUAGUAAUUGCCCGAAAAGUAAUUCAGCUUGCCAGAAUCACAAGCAGUACGACUCCUCUCGAUCAAGUAGCUAUAUUCCGGAUGGUCGAAACUUCACCCUGCGAUAUGGAUCUGGCAAAGUGGUUGGCUACCUAUCGAAGGACACUCUGCAACUUGCUGGAGCUAAUCUACCCGGCAUUAUCUUUGGAGAAAGCCUAUUCCUGCAACACUUCGCCUUUGACUCAGUGAGAUUUGAUGGACUGGUGGGCUUGGGUCUGGGAGUUUUAGCCUGGGCCAACACGACACCUUUUUUGCCACUAUUAUGUGCUAAACGAUUGGUUGAAGAGUGCAUAUUUUCGGUUCACCUUCGCCAACACUCGGGUAAUUUUCUAGGAGGGGAGUUACUCUUCGGUGGCUUUGACAAAUCAAAAUUUGAAGGAAUACUUCAUUACGUGCCGAUCAGCCGAUCGAAUACUUGGAGUCUGGAAAUAACCAAUACCAUCGUAGGAAAAACACAAAUUGGUGGUAGGAUCAAUGCCAUUUUGGACACGGGUACCUCGCUGGUCCUGUUACCCCAAGGAACCUACGAUAAUCUGCUAAAGGCCCUAUCAGCUAAGCUAGAAAACGGCUAUAACGUGCUUACCUGUAAGAAAGAAUCCUUACCUGAUAUUAAUAUUGCCAUCGGAGGCAAGGUAUUUCCCCUAACAUCCAACGAAUAUCUGAUUGAGAUAACAUUUCGUCAUAAAAAGAUAUGUGUGCUGGCCAUUGCUCCCAUUAAAAUGAGUUUUUGGGUGCUGGGCGAUGUCUUCUUGAGGCGAUACUAUACGGUUUAUGAUGCCACAGACAAGCGGAUUGGAUUGGCCAAGGCGGUACGAAGUGCUGGAUAAAAUAAUACACAGGUCUGAUGAAAGUAAUUUAAGCCUAUUUUUCUGUAAGCAUAU